AUGACAGAAGACGUGAAAACACAUAUGGCUAAACUGGCUGAUCAGUCUGGCAAAAUUGGAAAGUUGAUGAUAAAUAGUAAGAAAUGUGCGAAAGCCAAGAUUACCAAGGGUUAUUUAGAGACACGUCUGGAGACAGCGAACAAAUAUUGGAUGGCCUAUACAUCAAGUUAUGAUUUUGUUACGGCAAAUCUUACGACGAAAGAGCUGGAAACAUAUGACAUUAAUUUGGAAGAAAAUUAUCAAACUACUGAGGAUGCCUAUUUGGAGCUUAAAAGCUGGAUAAAAGAUCACAUGUAUGAGUACCAAAAGCAGGAAGUUCAAGCGCCAGCUCCAGCUUCAAUUACGAAUACCAAUCAAGUUUCUGGAUUUUCACAAUCUAAACCGAGGCUUCCACCGAUACCGAUACCUACCUUUUCGGGAGAUUACAACCAGUGGAUGAGUUUUAGAGACUUAUAUGUUUCUCUUAUACACAACGAUAGUACAUUAUCAAAAAUUGAAAAACAUCAUUACUUAAAGGCCAGCUUGUCAGGAGAAGCGGAAUUGUUACUCAGAAACUAUUCACUUACUGAAGCCAAUUACGAUGAUGCUUGGAAAAAAUUGGGAGAUAGGUAUAAUAACAAAAGAGUAAUCGUUAACAAUAUACUGAAUCGUUUAUUGAACCAGAAGAAACUGACUUCGGAAUCUCCAAAGGGUAUUAAAGAUUUAUUAGAUACAACAAGCCAGUGCCUCGAUUCUCUGAAAAAUCUGAAAAUUGAUACAUCCUCUUGGGAUGCAAUUGUGGUACACAUUGUUGUCUCAAAGUUAGACAUAGAAUCUCACAGGCUGUGGGAACAGUCAUUGGAACAGUCUACAGACAUCCCGGAGUUUGACGAAUUAACUUCUUAUCUUGAGAAACGAUUUAGAGCUAUGGAGAUGAUUAAUAUAACACAAACUAAAGAACCACAACGAAAAGACUUCACUAAACCAGCACACCUCUCACAAAAAGUUACUACGGUCAAAAGCUUCGCUACUGAACUUGAUACUGCUUGCACUUAUUGCUCAAAGAAUCAUUAUGUUUGCCACUGUCAAGAUUUUGCUUCACUUACCGUCAAUGAGCGUCAAGAUUUUGUGAAGAAGAACAGGAUUUGUUUUAACUGCCUUGUAAAGGGUCAUUCUGUGAAUCAAUGCAGACAAAGCACGACGUGCAAAAAAUGUGGUCGACGGCAUCACACUUUGCUGCAUUUUACCAACCCUAACAAGACAAGCUCUUCUGAUAAUCCUGAACCUGAACAACGAGAACAAGAAAGCACACCGUCAACCUCUGCUUGCAACCUCAGUGUAAAUAAAGCUGAAACCAUGGAUGGUCAGGUCAUUUUAGCGACUGCUGAAAUUGCUGUUGAAUCAAGAAAUGGUGAUACUUACAUACUCAGAGCUCUGGUGGAUCAAGGGUCGCAGGGUUCAUUUAUCACUGAAGCUGCCUCACAAUUGUUGAAUCUUGAACGCACUCCUGUUAAUGGCAAAAUCUCUGGUGUUUCAAAUUCAUCAGUGGUUACCACAAAAGCUAUGGUGAAAUUAAUAAUCCACUCUACAAAAGAUGGUGAUACACAAUUGGAAGUAGAUGCUUAUGUACUUAAGAAGCUCACCUCUUUAUUGCCUUCCCGUGAAUUUCCACAAGACACCUGGCCUUCAACUAUGCAGCUGGAUCUUGCUGAUCCUAACUUUCACAAGCCAGGGUCUAUUGAUGUUCUGUUGGGUGCCGACGUGCAUGCUAACAUAAUUCUGGAAGGAUUACACAAACACGAGUCUCUCAUUGCUCUCAACUCUCGCCUUGGUUGGUUGAUAUCGGGCAGAGUUACACAAACUGAAGCUGCGCAAGAACACAAUAUGGUUGUCACUCACACUAAAGUUGACGCAGAUCAUUUACUGAGACAGUUCUGGGAGAUUGAAGAGAAUCUACCCCACAAAAAACCUCUGACAGACUUGGAGAUACAAUGUGAAGAGCAUUUUAAGAAAACCCACUCUCGCGUGGACGGCCGUUACGUGCUUCACUUACCUUUCAAAGAUGUUCCUCCUAUUAAUCUUGGUUGCUCCAAAUCUAUUGCAGUCAGUCGUCUACAACAAAUGGAAAAACGUUUUAUACGCAAUUCCCAAUUUAAGGAUGAAUAUAUACAAUUUAUGAAGCAAUACGAGUCAGCAAAUCACAUGAUUAAAGCACCUGUAAAUGAAAGUGAUACAAUAAACUUACCUUACUACUUACCUCACCAUGCUGUCCUUAGACCGACGAGUCUAAGCACGAAGUUAAGAGUUGUCUUCGAUGGAAGUGCUGCACCUGAAAAAGGAAACUCAUUAAAUGACGAACUUCUAGUUGGACCUCCACUUCAGCAAGAUAUUAGAGAUUUAGUCACAAGAUGGAGGCAACACCAAUUCUGUCUGGUCGCUGAUAUUCAGAAAAUGUACCGGCAGAUCCUAAUUGCAAAAGAUGAUGUCGACUUUCAGAGAAUCUUAUGGCGAGAAUCUCCUACACAGCCAAUCGAAGAAUACCAACUACUUACCGUUACUUAUGGUACGUCAUGCGCUCCGUACUUAGCCAUACGUACACUUCAUCAACUUGCUGAAGACGAAAAGGACGAAUAUCCAGUUGAAGCGGAAAUUUUGAAGACUGAUGUGUACAUGGAUGAUCUGAUGACUGGAGCAUCUACUGAAGAGAAGGCUGUGUCCCUGCAAAAAGGGCUAACGGAAGUGUUAGCUCGCGGCGGUUUUCCCCUUCACAAGUGGGCAUCCAAUAGUGAAUCAGUGUUGUGUCAAAUACCCGAUGAUAAUAAAGAGUCUCAAAGUGCAGUGAAUAUCAAAGUGAAGGAUACAGUGAAAACGUUAGAGAGUGGUUUGAAUGAAUCAGUUUAUGAUGGUGAACUGGUACAGAAGGGAUACAGUGUGGUGCGGUGUGACCGCGCAGAUGGCCGCAAGCUUGGAGGAGUGAUGUUAAUCGCUGCUCCAGCCCUCACGCUGCAUCCUCUUCCUUUGUUUAAUACGCCUAACCUAGAUGACGCUCAAUUUGAACUGCUUAUUAAAGAUCCUAAAUCUUUUUGGGCCUUUGUUAAUAAUAUAAGAACAAAGAGAAGGAAAGAUCAUAUAACGGAAAAUGGUAGGAGUUUGAGUGAAGCUGAGUGUGCAAACGCGUUCGCAGAGUAUUUCCGUUCUGUAUAUAAAAGCAACCCCCCGCGACUCGAUGCGGCGGAGGCCGCGGCAGCGGCGGGGGUGGCGGGGGAGCGUGUUCAUGUGCCGCGACUAAACCUUCGCCAAGUACAGGAGGCUCUGCAGCGACUGAAGCCCAAGAGCAAAGAGCUGCACCAGUUGUUCCGUUUAUGGGAAAUUUGCCAAAACAUCGAGUCAAACCUAGUCGUCCCUUUCUCACAAGUGGUGUAG